ACCAAACACAAACGAAUCCAAUCGGAUUCAUCAUCAUUUUUGCUUUUCCCUUUCUAUAUAUCUGCAAAUCGAAGUUGCUACUGUCUUAUAUCUGCCAUUGUUGAGGAAUUUCUGAUUUUAUUGAAUAUGUUAUGACGGAAUACGUAAAGGUGGAACUGGAAGAGCUUAAUUUUUGUUGUUAGGGCAGGCUUGAACGGUGUAUAUCUGGAUUUUUGAAGCGACUAAGAAAAUGUCUGCCGUUAAGGGCGAGCAUCAUACGAUCCCGUUAUCUGUGUUGUUGAAGCGUGAACUGGCGAGUGAGAAGACUGAGAGACCGGAAAUUACUAGUGGUCAAGCUAACCAGUCCAAGAAAGGGGAGGACCUCACGUUGCUUAAAAGUGAAUGCCAACGAGUCUUAGGCGAUGGUGUGACUACCUAUUCUGUCUUUGGGAUAUUUGAUGGCCAUAAUGGUUCUGCAGCAGCUAUAUAUACUAAGGAGAACCUUUUAAACAAUGUCUUGGGAGCAAUUCCCGCAGACCUUAACCGUGACGAAUGGAUAGCGGUGCUGCCUCGGGCUUUGGUGGCAGGAUUUGUAAAAACGGAUAAAGAUUUCCAAGAAAAAGUUCAAACAUCUGGAACAACUGUCACCCUUGCAAUUAUUGAAGGGUCGGUCAUAACUGUAGCUUCUGUUGGUGAUUCACGAUGCAUACUUGAGUCUGCCGAUGGGGGAUUGUAUUAUCUGUCAGCAGAUCACAGGCUUGAAUGCAGCGAAGAAGAGAGGGAGCGAGUCACUGCAAGUGGCGGUGAGGUUGGUCGGCUUAAUGCUGGUGGUGGCACGCAGAUUGGUCCUUUGAGAUGUUGGCCUGGUGGCUUAUGCUUGUCACGAUCGAUUGGAGAUCUGGAUGUUGGGGAGUUCAUCGUUCCUGUUCCUUAUGUUAAACAAGUGAAGCUGUCCUCUGCUGGUGGAAGGAUGAUUAUUGCAAGUGACGGUGUUUGGGAUGCCAUGUCUGCAGAAGCAGCUCUAGUUUGCUGUCGUGGACUGCUACCAGAUGCAGCGGCUGCACAAAUUGUUAAAGAAGCCGUACAGUUCAAAGGAUUACGGGAUGAUACAACCUGCAUUGUGGUUGAUAUACUCCCUCCAGAGAAGACAAACCCUCACGUGUCUCCUGUGAAGAAGACUGGUAAGCGGGUAUUGAAGUCCAUGUUUAGGAGAAAGAGUUCAGGGUCACCUCCUCAAGUUGAUGGAGGAGAACUGGAGCAAGAUGUGGUUGAGGAGCUGAUAGAGGAAGGAUCAGCUUUGCUUUCAGAAAGGUUAGAUAGCAAAUACCCGCUUUGUAACUUGUUCAAACUGUUCACUUGUGCCGUGUGUCAAAAAGAAAUGAAGCCCGGGGAGGGUAUUUCAAUACAUUCAGGAUCGUAUAAUAACGUGAAACCAAGGCCAUGGGAUGGUCCUUUUCUGUGCGUAACCUGCCAUGAAAAGAGAGAGGCCAUGGAAGGGAAAUGACCGUCUAGUGGCUAUACAGUAGUGAAAAAGUGAAUAGCAAAUCCUUGUGGGUUACAGUUACACCCUACAUGUGAAGACCGAAAAGGUUGAUUUCAAGAUAAGUUCCUCCUAAAAGCUUCGACGAUUCUUUUUCUAAUUCUUUCAUGUGUUCAAGUCGGGUACCUUAAUCCUCCUAUAGUUAGAAUCUUUGUCUAACUCCAUGUUCAUAUAACAAGCAAACCUACCUUUCUUUACCCAGAAAUGUGCUAAGUUACAUAAAGAUCCUUUCUUGUAAAGAAGAAAGUCGGUUUAAGAUUCUUGGAAUUUAAUUUAUUAUAGUUUUCGCGAUUCUUGUGUUACUAGACUUGAAUUGAUCAUGUAAUUUUGCUUCUUUCAUCUGCUUUGUACAUCAGUGAAAUGAUUUGCUAUAAUAUUUUGUAAUAUUCACUCUAAAUUGAGAUACUUUAGUUGUAUCUUGGAUGUAGUAAAAGACUAUCCUACCCUCCUUGAGUCUACUGUUUGCUUGAAA